AAUUUCUACUUCUUAUUAACAUUAUUCUAGAACGUUUUGAUGUCGUUAUCUUUAUGUUUGUUAUUAUUAUUCUGGUGUAUACGAAUUCUGCGGAAAAUAUACUAUUUAGGAUAUGAUGUGCGUACAAGUUUUCUAUACACAAACUAAACUAUCUUCUACUCUUCAAUUUUAUUAAUUUUAACAAAAUAAACUGCUUCUAUCAAUUAUAUUGGAAAAUUAUGAAUCAGCGAAAAAUUGUGACGUUUACAAAAGAAAUGCGAUAAAAGCUUAAAGGCAAUGAGAUUUCAAUGGAAAAUUUCGUUUUCUAGAUGCCAAAGAAGAAGAAAAAUCGCCAAAACCGACCAAAACCAUGUCGUCAACGAAACGAAAUCGGCUGAUGAAAGAAAACGCUAUAAUGAUACUAGAGUCGGCAAAUUUGGUGCCGUUCAAAUGGCAAAGACAAAAUUACCUAUGCUUCUUCUGUCAUAAAACAUUCAAAGACAUGGACAGUUUAAAAGAACACACGACGCAAAACCACAGAAAUUCCAGCAUAAAAAACGCAGUUUUGUAUUUGCGACGCGACGAAAUGGUCAAAAUAGACAUUUCGACUGCGACUUGUAAGAUUUGCGACUGCAAAAUCGAAGACCUAAACUCCUUGAUAAGUCAUUUGAAGUCUGAACACGAGAAAAUGUUUGCCGAAGAAUUCGGUUACGGAGUCAUUCCAUACAAGUUUAAUGGCGACACGUAUAAGUGCGCUAUGUGCGAUAAAGAACUUCAGUAUUUCACGAAACUGAACCAACAUAUGAACUCGCAUUUCGGUAGCUACAUCUGUGAUGUUUGCGGCAAAUCGCUGCUAAGCCGAGAUAGGUUGCGUUGUCACACUCUAACACACACAUCCGGCUUUAAGUGUAAAGAGUGCGGCAUGUGUUUUACCUCGCUCGUCCGAAGAAAACAGCAUGAGAUUACUGAGCACAAAAGGGACAAAUCACUCAAAUGCAUCUAUUGUACAGAGUCUUUCAAGAACUACAGCCAAAGGCUGACGCAUCACAAAAUCGCACACGGUUUACAAGUGCCAGAGUACAAGUGCAAUGUUUGCUGCAAAGUAUUUCAGUUGAAGAGCAAAAUGCAAGUGCAUGUCAAAGAAGUACACGAUAGGGAGAAGAAUUUCCCCUGUUCCAUGUGUGACAUGAAGUUUUUCUCGAAGUCUCAUGUGCAGAAACAUAUGGUUAAGCAUUCUGGCGAGAGGACGCAUAGGUGUGAAGUGUGCAAUAAGUCGUUUCUCAGGAAACAAACGCUUACGUUUCACAUGAGGAUUCAUAAUAAUGACAAGAGGUAUUCGUGUCAGCUUUGUGAUCAGACUUUUGUUCAGAAUAAUAGUUUGAAAGUUCAUAUGGGGGUGCACCAUCCUUGUCAGAAAACUUGAUACAGUUUUUGUGCUAUUGCACUGUAGGUUUUGCUGAUUAUUAU